UCUUUAAAGCUAUUAAAACCCCCAUAUCCACAGAAAGGGGAAUAUAUGAAAAUCUUUAUCAUGAGUUUCGGACGUGUUCACCACAAGUUAAGACGCAAUACACUGCGUGGGUAAAAUUUGUAUUCUGUGAAGUAAUCGAAUGUUCAAGUUCAGGGAAGCACACUAGUAUAGAGCAAAUGGGUUAGAGGAUAACGUUUCUGACUAGGUGGGCUCACCAGAAUCACCAUGAACAGACAUACUACGAUUGAAAGGCUACAGUCAAUGAGUGGACAGGUAGAAGCACACUAUGACGAUGUUCAGGAAGAAUACGACUAUUUCAUACACCAAAAUUAUAAAUUGCAAGCAACCUCUAAUCCAGCAAAUAUCAGAGUUUCUCAAUAUAAACCCUGUUUAAACAAUAUCAAAAAGAAAUUGGCCAGCCUUUCAGUUGACAUAACAACAGUUCAACUUAACAUAACUGAAGAAAUAAGUGAACAUGAAUGCACAAUCCACCAGGACGAGAAACGACUUAAUAUGAGUCUACUUAUGUAUCAACAAUGCAUACAAAUGAUUGAAAUGUCUGAAGCACGAAUUGAGGAAUGCAAAGAAGACGAACAAUUGGCUUCAGUGAAUGCGAAAUACAAUCGAAAAAUUAGCAAAGGUGCCAAGCGGAGAGCAAUUUUAGGUGGAGUUAUAAGUUUUGCAAGCGGAAUUGGAGGUUUUAUAGUUGGGGCUGUGCUAGCUCCGUUUACGCUUGGCGGAAGCGUCGCAGUUUCUGCAGCUUAUGGUGUUGCAGCUGGAGUGAACAUUUCUGCAGCAGUUAUAAACGGUGUUAAUGCAAGUGAAUGCACUGAUCGUGCAGAUUUACACGAAUCGACAGCAAAGGAGUUACGUGACGAUAUACAAAGACUGGAGGAGGAAUGCGAAAAGGAAGAAAAAGAAAUGGAGAGACUUAUGUCAGCCAUAGAUUCUUUAACAAGGAGUAACGAGGAAUUGAAAUUUGUGCGCGAUGUGGCAUUCAAUAUGCUAAAAUUCAUCUACGAAUCAUCUGAAAGACUUCAGGAAGCUGACGGUGUACUGUUCGAAGUUAUCCAAGAAACAGACGCCUUUGAAUUGGUGCCGAUUUUGCUUGCAAGCAAUCCAGGCUGUGCAUUAGCUCAUAUCCAUCUGCAUGAGUUACAGCAAAAGUGGGAGGAUGUCAACAACCUGCUUCGUCGAAACCUUAGAUAUUAAGGCAUCAGAUAAACAAUUAUGAGCACUUUGGUUCGCCGAUUAUUGUGGUAUAUUUUGAAUAGGUGUACUGAACAGAUAGGACUUAUCCCAAAGCAGAUAUUACAAACACUCUUUUUUGGCUAUAAACAUUUUGAUAAAUUUACUUUUUCACUUCGGAUUUUCCUGAAAUAAAGAACAGUCAUACUAACAACUUCAUUAUUUGUAAUUAAGUUUUGGACGUUAUGACAUAUAUCACUUUGACUAAUUUAAAAGCAGAAUGCCAAACUAAUGACGGUAAACCCUGCAUAACUAUCAAGAUAAAUCCUUGUGUUUCGUAUCCGGACUAUUUCUACAUAUAUCUAAACUAUCUGCGUUCAAAUUUUUAGCCCAGUGUUUAUCUUAUUGAUCAAACUUCUAUUUAUUGUUACAUGUUAUAAUAUCAUACAUGUUUUCAUAUCCUCUACAGCAUAUGUAUACAUAUAUUACACGACAAUGGUGCAGUCUUUAUUCUUCACCUUGCACCUGCCUGACGUGCAACGUAUAAAAUACUUAUUUAUUAUAUACCAAACAAUGUAUCUGCAAUAUGUUUUUGACGCAACUGCUUGUGUUUCAUAUCAUGCUAGUAAUGUAAAUGUACUUGUACAAUGUUGAUUAAGUGUUUUCAUUGAAAUUAAUGUGUAUUAUAAACUUUCUGCUCUACAAAACAUGAUCUGUUCUUUAUUAAGUUUGAAACCCUUUAUUAGGUAUGUUUUUAUCAUUAUUAAGAUUGCAAUUUAUUACUUAGGUCCUAAACUGUUAAUAGUUUUUACAACAUUCCGUGGCUUUAAAAACAUGUCCUUGUUUUAAAAUAUUCACAACGAUGAAAUUUUAUGACGUUUUUUGUAUAUUUUUUUUAUGCACACACGCACACACACCCCCCACACACACACACGCACAACACACACACACGCACACGCACGCACACACACACACACACACACACACACACACACACACACACAUUAGAGUUCAAAUUGGCGAUCUACAGGAAACGGAGCGAGCACAGCGAGGCUGCAAGCCGAGAAAACUUGCACCAUUUUCUGAAGAUCGUCUAAAUGAACUUUUUUGGUGUCCGUACUUAAUUGACCCACUAGCUGCUCCUGUUUGUAGUCAAAUGAUAUUUUGCGCGAAAGUCAAACCGCCCACGCAUUAGUUGUUUAUAAAUGAGUGUCGGGCGAUGGUAUUUAUUUAUGCUUUGUGAGUUAUAAAGCAAUUAAAAUUCGACAUGAACGCUUAUUAAACAAUUGUUGCUAUUGUUGAUAUUUAGAUUUAUAUAAUUACCUAUGUUUGCAUAGUACAUUACUGGGAUUACCUUGUUGAGUUUUUUAUUCAUAAUGAUAAAAAAUUGCACAUUGUACUGUAAUUGUUUGAUUAGUUGUAUAUUUUAGAUAACUUUUUAAAGGAAGAAACGUAAAUGAGAUUUGCAUUUGAAUAUUGUCCCAAAAAUAUUUUAAUUACGCACUGAAUAGAUUUUAAAACGAUUUGAUAUCUGAUUACACAUCUAUUUUUAAAUUCGGGGUCAUGACGUUAGCUGCCUCCAGGAAAACGGCACCCUUAACUGUGAAUCAUAUUAACCUCGCAUGCGCAGAGGGCACAGCGACCUUUUAUAAAAUAGACGACUUUAACAAGCCAUGUAGAUCGACCAAAAAAUCCAUAUGAAAAUAAAAUGUUUAUAUUUCACCGUCGGAUCUGCUCUAUAUGAUAUGGAGCUGCAAAAAAAAGGGAAAAUCCUCGAUUGUCAGUGGCCAACAAAUAUGAGCAAGCACUUAACUAUAUCAAAUUUCUCUUAUCGUACUUUUAAGACAAUAAACGAAAAUUAAAAGGUUAAUGUAAACAUAACUUAUAGAGCGUUUAUCUUUUUUAAAGAACCUUUUAAAUUUUAAUAUUUUUGCGGAGUUAUUGUCCUCAUCGAUUCUUAAAUAAAGAGUUUAAGACGUU